AUGGCCUUCUACCCAAGAGAGAAGACACUACAACAGCCGCUAACAGCUCAAGCCGAUGAGGCACCGCCGGAAGAGCAGGAGGAGGAAGACACUGGUGAAGGUGACGCCGUCAACGUGACGGAGAGGUUUUUCGAGGAGGCGAAGUUCGGAUGCUUCUGGAUCGUCUUCCAGGAUGGCGCCCGAUGCUCCAUCCGCAUGCAUCACGAACGCCUCUGGUACUCGCCAGGGGAUCUUUCCUGGGACUUGUCUUCAUCACGGCCGGGUGUGCAGGUCACCUACACGCCGGUCUCGGGUGUGGUCAUCCAAGCUUUCAGCGACGCGUCCAUCCGCCAGAACUGGCCUUCGCAGAGGCUGUUCCCGGACGUGGGACGCGAGGCGGAUGACAUGCUGCCAGGCGCGGCCCAGGACAUCGAGUUGUCGCGGGUCGUUUCCCCAUUCGGUGAGCUAGUGAUUGAACGGCUUUCUGGCCGGCGAGAGGUCUAUCACCCGUCUGGGACCCGUGCCUGGCGAAAUCCAACAGUCGAGGAGCUGCAAGGGCGACGCGAUCGCUACAAGGCUCGAGCAAGAACGCGGGGCUGUGACGUCGCUGCGCAUGCCUGCGCCCGACGGGUCGCCAAGAUCUGCGCCGCCUGGGAGGCCAACCAGGAAGAGGAGGAGGAAAUGGAUCCAUCCGAGCAGAGCAAGUAUUUCGGAAUGCCGGGCCACUGGCGGGUGACUACCAGGGAUGGCAGGCGCUUUGGGCGAACAGUGAAGAUCCCUGAUGAUGAGGGAUCCUUCAUUGGUUCGCUGAAAGGAUCGAAGUCAGAGUCUGCGAUGGAACCCGAUCCUCUCGGCACCCUGCCCAGCAAGGAAGCUGGUGUUGUUGGGAGCAAGGACAGUGGCAAGCCCGGCAGCAAGCCUUCCAGCAAGCCGCCGAGCAAGCCCGGGAGCAAAGAGGUUCCCACGGAAUCCAAAGAGCCGGUGCCCGAUGCGGAAGAGGAAGAAGACCUGGAGAGCGAGCCGGAGCCGCCUGAGCCAGAGCCGACUUUGAAAGACAUUCUCGAGGCGGUGCUCGUCGACGAGGGUGCGAACAUCGAGUACGAGUUGGACCCCGUGCCGAUGCUGGCGCAGCGUGAUCCGCACACAGGGGUCAAGUCCAUUUCCCACGAGGAGGGGAUGCUGAUCCUGGUGCUUCCGGGCGGCCAGUCGAACGUAUGCCUUCUCCCGGAUGGUACACGAAUCAUCAACACUGGCACGGAGGAGGGCAGCGAGGUUACCGUCGAAUCGGAGGGCUCCGCACGCGUGACCUGCUUCGUCAAGGACAGGGCAUACGUUCCCAGCUCUUCCGUGAAGGUCGAAUGCGAUGACGGGACGACUUUCCACGUUGUCCCACAGAGGCUGAACCUCAAGGCGGAGCUUGUACCUUCGGAUCCUGCCCGUUUCCUGGCCAAGCUCCGGGGCGAACCGGACGAGGAUGUGGGUACGGCACCGGAUAAGCUGAAUUUGGCUGCAGCCCAGCUAAACAGCAUGAAGGCGCACGAGUUCUGCCGAAACCCAGAUCCCCGGGAGGAUAGCUACUCCACGAAUGCCUCCGUGUUGAUGAGACAUGCCGAAGGGACCUUGGUGAACUCCAAGGGUGCCGGCGAGAUUGAGCUGUUGCCGGGUGCGGACGUGGCCGCGCUCGGUGAAAAGCAAGCCCUGAAGACCUUGCCGGACAGCGGCUGCGUAUAUGUCGCUCAAGUGGACUACGACCGGGUCUAUUUGCGGGACGAAUCUGGGAACUAUUUCGAGGUUCGUGGCGACCAGUCUGUUGACUUCAAGCUGGUGGUAUCCAUGGGUGUGCAUCCGCAGAUGCCCUUCAAGCAUCCGGAUGCAUCCUUUCUGCCGCUGCCCGAAGAGGCCCCACCGCCUCGGCUCUUCGUGGUCUACGGCGACGGGGAGGUCCAUGCAUUUCUGCCUUGGAAGACGCGGUACCCGGCCUUGACACAGCUGCAGAUGCAGGAGGGCUAG